AAGUAAAAAAAAAAGUAACAUUUUGAGUAAUUGCUUAGUCUUUUUUUUUUUUUUUAAUAAUUGCAUUUUUUUUUCUCAGCUCAACAUCUAUAUGAACUAUUAUUAUUGUACUGUACUAUAACCUACUACAUGACCAUAUUAGACUAAAAAGAUAACACGAAAAUCAUCAAAUUCAGACCAAAACACUAUGAAACCUCACCAGUUCAAAGAGUGCCCUCUAGCGGGGGGAAAAAGACUUGGUUACCCCUGAUUGGUAUACAGUGAUCCCUCGUUUUUCGCGGUUAAUGGGGACCAGGGCCUUAGAAAGAGGGUUACGACACUCCCAUAGAGAUCCAUUGUACGAUUUUACUUCCGGGUACUUCCGGGUUACGGAGCCUCGUGUAGUUCCAAACAUGGCUUCGACGAGAGCGGACCGCAUUCAUACGAAUGGCUGGCUGUAAAGUAUAUUCGGUGGUUACUUUUUCAUGAUCCACAUCAUGCUGCUGUCGGUCUACGUUCCUACCCUAACCUAUAGUCACGACCCAGGACACGCUGGAGAGACUGUGUCUCGGCUGGCCUGGGAACGCCUUGGGACCUCGCCGGAGGAGCUGGGUGAAGUGGCUGGGGAGAGGGAAGUCUGGGCUUCCCCGUUAAAGCUUCUGCCCCCGCGACCGGACCCCAGAGCAAGUGGAAGAUGAUGGACGGAUGGACAUCAUGCUGCUGGUGGUGCCUGCUGAUGGUGACUGCUGGCUGUGCGCACUAAGCCCAUUUUUUAAAUGGCAACAAACAUUUUUCAUGUUUUGACGACUGACCAUUGCCAUCCAUUUUUUUCUGCUGCGCUUGGUCCUUGGGGAAACCAUGCUGCACACAAACCAUCACAGGCCACUGAUCUAUAAAAUGUUAGGUGGAAACAAUGAACCAUGACACCAAUUUCACCAAUAUUGUGAUUUUCUUUAUCAAAGGUAAUAAGUUGUUAUUGUUAUACAUUACACCAUGUUGAGGAAAAUCCUAAAAUGUUUUUCCUGUCUUGUAAUCAUUUUGUGUUGCUUGGCUCCAAAAUGAAAAAUGCCUCUAAAGAGGUACAGAUUUGGUUUUGCUAAAAUUAGAGGCUAUAUUCAAAAUUAAGUUAAAUGUCAUUUGUUUGUGUUUCAGGUCAAACUAAGUCUAUAAAAUGGAAAAUGUACACACACAUAUAUGUAAGCAUUAGAAAGUGCAACAGGAAAGAAAAGUGGAAAAUAGAAUUUAAAAGCCGUGACCACAAACCCAAACUUUUUGGGAAACAAAUGUUUUUAUAUGUCAAUGCGAGAAAACAAACUUGGAACUACCACUUAGAACUAGGGAACAAAAUAUAUUAUACAUGGGGUCAUCUUUAAUAUAUUACUAUAGGUAGGUGAAUCAAGGAAAUUUAGACAUUUUCUGGAAAAACAGUAUUUUAGUUGUGAAAAAUGAAAAACCUCAGUCAUCUUGUAUUUCAACGUAAAAGUCGAUUUCCCGUGCUCAUGCUAACAUUAACGUGACACGUUCACUCCACAACAUGAGAAAGUUCCCUUCUGUGUUAGUUUACAUAGUUCUCAAUUGUCGCUUGACCACUCCAAAUGCAAAACUAGCCCUUAGAUAUGUGUCAUAAAUGCAAUGACAUAAUCAAACAAGUACUUAGAUACGUGAUUUGAUCCAUUUUUCCAUAAAUGUCGCAAUUACCGCUGUCAGUUCCAUUGCAAACCACGACAGCGCUGCUUGUGUUUGGAACUAUUCACGCCCUACAUGAACCACGUGACCACCCGGGGCGAGAGCAAAGAGUGUCGCGACUCUCUUUAUAUGGGGACCAGAGCCUGCGGUGAUUAGUGAAAAACUGCGAAUUAGCGCCCCCGCAAUUUUAUUUUUUUCCUUUUUUUCUGUGUGUUCUAUAUGUUUAUUCAGAUUUAGCAUUGGAAAGAGACUUUUUUUUUUCACUUUUUCCCCCCAAAGUAUAAUUAACAAACUUUUUAUGUACAUAUACUGUAUAUUUUAAGCUUUCUUUUCCUUGGUAAUCAGGCGCCCCAAGUGGUGUCAACCAGAAACACAAUUGCUAACGAUAACACUUACAUAUUCAUAGUUAGUGUUGGCGUUCAAUGUAUUUUUUAUAGGGCUGUCAAAAUUAUCGCGUUAACGGGCGGUAGUUAAUUUUUUAAAUUAAUCACGUUAAAAUAUUUGACGCAAAUAACGCACAAAUGCCCCGCUCAACAGAUUAAAAUGACAGCAGAGUGAAAUGUGUACUUGUUGUGUUUUUCUGAGUUUUUUUGCCCUCUGCUGGCGCUUGGGUGCGACUGAUUUUAUAGGCUUCAGCACCCAUGAGCAUUGUGUAAUUAUGCACAUCAACAAUGGCGGGCUACUGGUUUAUUUUUUGAUUGAAAAUUUUACAAAUUUUAUUAAAACGAAAACAUUAAGAGGGGUUUUAAUAUAGAAUUUCUAUAACUUGUACUAACAUUUAUCUUUUAAGAACUACAAGUCUUUCUAUCCAUGGAUGGCUUUAACAGAAUGUUAAUAAUGGUAAUGCCAUCUUGAUGAUUUGUUGUUAUAAUAAACAAAUACAGUACUUAAAUACCGUAUGUUGAAUGCAUAUAUCCAUCUUGUGUCUUAUCUUUCCAUUCCAACAAUAAUUUUACUGAAAAAUAUGGCAUAUUUUAUAGAUGGUUUGAAUUGCGAUCAAUUACGAUUAAUUAAUCUUUAAGAUGUAAUUUAACUCGGUUAAAAAUUUUCAUCGUUUGACACCCCUAAUUUUUAGUUGUUGUUUGUACGUCUUCUUUUUCACCCUCUCUCUUUUCUUCUUGGGAAAGGCCAUCAUCAGGUUUCGACACGUGACGAUUAUAAUCAUUUUGUGAACUUUGAUCCAGGCAGUAAAAAGGGACGUCAACCGAGAAGGAACGGGCGCGACCGUCCGCUGACGGAUUAGUUUGGACCGGCGCUUGGUAGGAGCAUGUUCUCGUGGGCUUUUGCGCUAGCGUGGGUGCCGCUGGUCGUCGCCGGCGUCUCAACUCGUCAAGCGGCGGGCUCUGCCUCCGGGUCGCCGAGGCUUCAACCGUGGUUGACGGGCCUGACCGCCGUGGUGGUCUUCCUCUUCGUCGUCUUUGUCUUCGUCAUCCUCAAACGAAUCUGCGGGAAGCAAAGGGAGGAGGAGGAGGAGGAAGUGGAGGAAGAUGAUGAUGAAGAUGUGAAAGUGGAAAGAUUUUGAUAGAGUCAAGGAGAACAAAGCGUCACAUUCAUGUAUUUGUAGAAUUGACACAGUCCUUCUUCGAUGAUGUCAUCUAACGGAGACGGCAACGACUGAGGAUGUGCCUCACAAUGCGGAAUAAAAUUGCAAUAACGAUAUAGACCAUUUUAU